AUGUCAUAUCGUCCGUCCAGAAGUUUGUCUGUGAGAAGAGGCAACUUCGAGCUCGUGUUGUUGCUAUCGAUGGACAAGCUGGCGUCCGAAUCUGCAUUGCGGAAUGUCCGGCGGUUCCUUUUGCACUGUGGUUACAACCGUGGCAACAAGAAGGGGAAAAAGUCCCUGGCGUUGACUGAAAAGAACACCUUGCUGCGUGACCUAUAUGUCAGACACGAAAGCUUUGUUCAUCAUCACUACAACAAAAAUGACAUUUCCCUGCAUGACCCUACCGACGAGUUGGAUAUUCAGCCAAAGGCCAAGCACAAAGGCAAGCGCUACUGCUUCAUUGGAGCAAUCGUUGAUGGCGGUGAGGAAAAUUCAAUCUUCAUUGCCUAUGACAAGUUCGUUGGUGCCGGGCGCAAACAAACCAAGGAGUACCACGGCAUGUUUAAUCACGAGUAUUACCUCAUGUGGUUCAAGCGAUUGCUAGAUGAACUGGCAGCACGCAAUCUACAAACCACAAUUAUUGUGAUAUACAACGCAGCUUACCACAAAUGCCGUCCCGCUGACACGCCGGCAAUCCGAUCGCGGAAGGUCGAAUUACAGAUAGCUUGUGAUCGCUUCGGCCUGGAUUGGACACUAUCGGACUUGAAAUCGGUGCUGUGGGCCAAACAAAAUCAAACCGUUUGUGGACGGGAUCAAACCAUGGCUGAAGCUGCCGGUCACGAAGUGUACUUCAGCCCUCCACAUCAUUCCAACUUGCAGCCUAUCGGGGUUGUGUGGGCUAUCAUAAAAGGAAACGUCGGAAGACAGUACCAAGACGACACAACAUUUCAGGAUGUUGGCCAGCGGUUGGAUGCAGCGUGCGCCAACUUGACGUCGCACUCUAUCUUUGGUUGCAUUCGAAAGGCCGAGUACGACCUGUUAGAUCUACAUAGACAUGUGUCUAUCAUUGACGACGACAACUACCAAGAGGACAAUGAAGUGGCAGGCGACGGAUCGGACACAUCGUGCCCUGGAACGGUCGACGAUCAGGAAGCUGAUCUGCGAGAUCGUCAAUGCAACACCGAACCUUCCCAUCGAUGGGCCGACGCGAAGACGUGCUGCGAGUACCUGGUGACACAGAGUUUGAGCAACGAGAUCAAUCCUCGAAACCUGCUCCGCACAGGGGCUACCCUUCAACGUAUGCAGUGGACAGGCACGGAGGUUGCUAGUAGUGCCAGUGGGUCGUUACCCUACUCCGUUGAUGAGCUCGGCGAAGCGGUGGCCAAACGUCUACAGCAAGGCAGUGGUGGUAAGUUCGUUGUCGAACCAAAAUCAACGAAGCAACUGUCCAUGGAUGGAUUUGUUGCUCAAAAGACGAUACCUACAGCUCGUUCGGGGCUUCAAGCGUGA